AUGUGCGAGUGGUACCGACGCAACUACGCCUGCGGGCACCACUUCACGGGCGCCUCCGAGUGGUGCUACCGGUACAGCCAGACGCAGAAGCGGUGUAAGGUGGUGGUCACGCAGGUCGACUACGACUCCUCUGUAUGCAAGAGCUGUAUGAAGAAGGGCGUCAAGACCGAGGUGCCCUGGGAGCACAUGAUUGACCGAUCCAAAUUCGAUCCCAACCAGGAAUGA